CUCGAGUCUUGGCGGCGUCUGGUAUUGGCCGCACGCGCUGCUGCCAGCGACACACGAACACAUACCACAAAGCGGGAAGGAAACGAGAACAGCAAAAAUGGCCGUCUUUCCGUUUGCAAGGCGGAGAGGGGUUGUCAGCGAUGAGAAGCACCCCGAUUCUCCGCCGCCGCAGGAAGCCGUCGCCGGCGAGUAUGUCAGCGGCGAGGAGAGCGGCCUUGUCGAGGAAGUCAAGGAUGACCUCCACCGUGGCAUGAAGCCGCGCCAACUAAACAUGAUGGCCAUUGCCGGCGCAAUUGGAACAGGCCUGAUUAUCGGAACUGGAACUGCUCUCAAGUUUGGGCCUGGCUCACUCCUGAUCGGCUACGCCCUCAUGGGAUUCGUCGUCUACAUCGUCAUGGUCGCUCUGGGCGAGAUGGGUGCCUGGCUCCCGCACAAGAAGUCCUUCUCCGGAUACGCGACACGCUUCGUCGACCCGGCCAUGGGGUUCGCAACCGGCUGGAACUACUUCUUCAAAUACGUCAUCGUGCUCCCCAACAACUUGACCGCGUCGGGCAUCAUCCUGCAGUACUGGAGACCCGAAAUAAACGUCUCCGUGUGGAUUGUUGUCUUUGGUAUCGCUAUUAUUCUGCUCAACCUGAUUCAUGUCUCGUUCUUUGGCGAGGCCGAGUUCUGGAUGUCUCUUGUCAAGGCCCUAGUCAUCAUCAUGCUGAUCCUGCUUUGCUUCAUCAUCUCCCUCGGCGGCAGCCCAUCUGGCCACCGGUCAGGAUUCUGGUACUGGACUGACCCGGGCGCCUUUGCCCAGUACUCGGCCUCUGCCAAAGGCGUCAGCUUGACCGUCCCCGGAGCGACUGGCCGCUUCCUGGGCGUCUGGGCCUGCAUCGUGCAGGCUACCUUUGCCUACCUCGGUACCGAGCUCGUCGGUGUGGCUUUCGGCGAGACCCCCGACCCGCGCAAGAACGUCCCGCGUGCUGUGAGGCAGACCUUGCUGCGUAUCGUCUUCUUCUACAUCGCCGGUGUGAUUGUUCUCGGCAUGGCCGUCCCUUACAACAGCAAGACCCUGGCGAACGCCACCAGUGCCAAGACGAGCGGAAUUGCGUCGCCCUUUGUGGUUGCCGCCAAAGAUGCCGGAAUUGACAAGCUGGCUGACGCCGUCAACGCCCUCCUUCUCGUCUUCACCGUCAGCGCAGCGAACUCGGACAUCUACCUCGCCUCCCGCACGGCAUGGGCGCUGGCCAAGGACGGACAAGCACCCGAGUUGAUGAACCGCACCAACAAGCGCGGCGUGCCCAUCCCGGCCGUCGCGCUGUCGUCCAUCUUCAUCGCGCUCGGCUUCCUGAACGCGACCAAGGACUCGGCGACAGUGUUUGGCUACUUUGUCUCGCUCGUGACCGUCUUUGGUGCGCUCAACUGGAUUGCCGUGCUGGUCAGCUACCUCGCCAUGAUCAACGCCAUGAAGGUGCAGAACGUCCCGCGCUCCAUCAUGCCGUACCGCAACCCGCUGCUGCCAUACGGCGCGUAUUUUGCUCUUUUCAUCACCACGCUGGUCAUCAUCUUCAGCGGCUACAGCGCCUGGUUCCCCUUCUUCCAGGUCGACAAGUUCAUAACGAGCUACAUUGGCAUCCCCGUCUACGUCCUCAACAUUAUCUGGUGGAAGCUAUUCAAGAAGACGAAGCGCGUGAAGCCGUCCGAGGUCGACCUGAUUACGGGCAGGAGGGCCUGAUUUGUGCCAAGCUGCGGGGGGCCUGUUCGUUUCAGCGAUGCUUUAGUUUUGGAGUCACAGGUGCUGGGCGGAUAUCUUGCCGAGGAUUUGGCUACGAGCGGUAUUCAGCAAUGCUACUCUGCUGGUAUUGACCAGUUGGCAGAUCAAAUAUAAAUCUGCUUAUUCUGAAGGACAAUUUUGACUCAGUUCGAGGAAACCUCAUCUUACCUAGACAAGGUGAAAAGGGAUAAAGGAUCGCCCCAUAUUCACAAUGGGCGUCUGCAAUGCGCCAAUCCCGCGGUGUCUAUCCAUGCCGCUCAACCCUUUUGCGGCCAGACGAUCGGCAGACUGCAUCAGGCUGAUCGCCAGAUCUGCUCUUCACCUUGGAGCCA